AUGGUCCAAACCACCCUAGACCCUCGAGUCCAGCUCGUCGCCCGCGGGCCCCACGACCACUAUGAAAUCGCGACGACCAAGUCGUCCUUCGAUGGCGAGUACUCGGCCAACAGCGUCAUCGUCACGCUCGCGGUCGCGCUGGCCCUGUACAACUCGCUCGAGAUGGUGCUGCUCAUCACGUCGACGUUCAAGCAGUUCCGUGGCCUGUAUUUCUGGAGUUUGGUGCUGUGUAAUUUCGGCGUCGUCUUCUUCGCCCUGGGCAUGAUGCUCGGGUACUUUGAGCUGUGCGUGUUGUGGCUGAGUAAAGUCAUCAUCGACAUUGGCUGGGUGUUCAUGAUCCUGUUCCAGUCACUGGUGCUGUACAGCCGGCUGAACCUCAUCUACGACGAGCGCAAGAUUCUCCAGGGCGUCAAAUGGAUGAUCGUCACCACCAGCAUCUGCUUCCUCAUCCCCGUCGUGGUCCUCGACUUCGGCUCCACCUACUCGGGCCGCGCCUCCUUCGCCGAAGGCUACUACUACAUCGAGCAAAUCCAAAUGGUGGGCAUCACGCUGCAAGAACUCAGCAUCUCGGGCCUCUACGUCUACAAGACCGUGCAGCUGCUGCGCAUCAUCGAGCGCGAGCACACGCGCAGCAUGGUCUGGCAGCUCUUCGCCAUCAACGUCAUCAUCAUCAGCAUGGACAUCGGCAUCGUCGUCCUCCAAUUCAUGCACUACCAGCUCUAUCAGGAGAGCAUCAAGGUCUUUGUCUACAGCGUCAAACUCAAGCUCGAACUCAACAUCCUCUCCAAACUCGUCGAUCUCGUCCACGGCGACUCGUCCCGUCGCGCCAUGACCCUCGACGUCAUCGACUCCAACGCCAUCCAGGGCCAGGCCCGCGCCGACGUCCACCGCGAGAUGAACGAGCCCGAACAAGGUCGCAUGGCCAGCUGGUUCCGUGGCAGCACCGGCGGUGGGGGCGACGGGAGCAGCCCGAAUGGCAAUCAUCGGGAUGAGAAACACGCCUUCUCCUCGCUUGAUCACGAAGUCGACGUCAGGAAUGCGCAGAGAUUAAGUGGCGUGUCGCCAACCAAGUCGAUAGGCGGUGACACGGACGAGAUCAGCCAGGUCAUGUCGAACCAGUCGGAGAUGACGGCGCGGACCAAGGGCAGGGAGUCGGAUCUUCCGUAUGCGGAUUUCAUGCGGUCUAUAUGA